AUUCUCUUUUAACCUCGUCGCCGUUGCUCCCCGCGGCCCGGAGAGGAGCGGCGCCGCCUUCAUCGCCGGUUCUUUCAGCCGGAGCUCGGAGGCCUUCGAUGAAUCCGUCGCCGAUGCAAACAAAACCCACCGCAACCGGACUCCACCCAAUGGGCUCCACCUGAGCUAGAGGACGCUGCCUCGCCUCCCCUCCCCCCCCACCCUGCUGGAUUUAGCUGUUCCACGCUCACAAUUUUGGGAAUUCUGGGCCCACAAUGCCGUGGGAGUUUGGACUCGCGCUGCUGUUCGUCCUCGUUGCUCAAGCCGCUGGAAUUAAAGAUGGCGGCGUCGGGCCGGGCGCGGCGCUAAGGCCUGCGGCCGGUGGGCGGGCCCGCCUGGCGGAGCUGCUGAGGGCGUCCCCGCAGACGGAAGGCUCAGGGUUCCAAGUGGCCCGACGGCGACCCAGGAGGUCAGUGUUCCUUCACGCCGGGGUGAAGAUCUGCCCCCAGGAGACCCUCAACGAGGUGCUCGCCAGCCACCAGGGGUAUUACCAGCUCAGAGUCUGCCAGGAAGCCGUGUGGGAGGCCUUCAGGAUCUUCUUCGACAGGAUCCCGGGGACCACGGAGUACCAGAAGUGGGUCCACGCGUGUCAGCACGAGUCGCUCUGCAUCUCCGACCUCGCCAGAAACUUCAGCGGCUCGGAGGAGCACAUGAUCAUGAUUCACAGGAGGAUGAACCGGAUGAGAGACAGGACGCCUCCAUCAGGAAGAGAGGCGCCGCGAGCACCACUGAUCCCUGAGGGAGGAGGGGCAGAGGUUCAGACCGUCGCCCCGCCGAAGACCCCCCCAGAGGCCCCCCCACCCAGCAUCACCCCGACCACCACCCUCCUCGGCCCUGUGAGCGUCGCUCCGAGCCCCGAGCCCCAGCCGACCUGGUCAGCCGAAGUUGAGGAAGAGGAUGAGGAGGAAGAGGAAGAGGACGAGGACACUGAGCUUCCCAACGUGGUCCCAGAGGCUCCGGUGGAGCAGUUGGUGGAGUUCAGCAUCGACCUGGUGGAUCCGGGUUACAGAGAGCUGCUGGACGACCCGGACUCCCCCCAGUACGUGGACCUGGCUCACCACCUGCAGGACCAGAUGCAGCAUGCGUUUGACAAGCUUCCAGGGUACAAAGACAUCCACGUGCUGGGGAUCAGCGAGACGCCGGACACCGAGGGGCCCGGGGGAAUCUCCGUGCAUUACUCUCUGGUGUUCGAGGUGAACUCUCCUAAAAUCGUCUCGACGGGUUCGGAGGCGACCGGCGCCCCAGAGUCUCCGGUCUUCUCUGGCCUCAGGGAGAUGGUGGCCAAGGCCCUGCGGGAGGAGGCGUCGCUGCCCAUCGAUCUGGACUCGCUCAACUUCCAGCCAGAAGCGGUCCUCCUGCCGGCGCUGACGGCGACCUUGACGCUUGAAGUGGAGAACGAGUCCAGCGAACCCGACUCACACAACGAGUUCGAAGUCUCCCCCGACGAGCCGGAGGAGGAUAAAAGUCGGCCCUCGCUUCCCCUCCCCCCACAGGAGAAGGAAAACGCCCUCGUGACGCUGCUCGAUCCCGUGACCGGUGUGACGGCCUCGGAGGAAGACAAGGAGGUCGAGGAGGAAGAACUGCCCAUCAUUACGCACAAGGUCGAAACCAUUCAUCACGAGGAAACGGGCGAGCUCGUGAGGGACUACAUCCCGACCCCCCCCGUGGUCCUAGAGACGGACGCUACGCACCGGAGUCUGUCCCCCAACGUGAUAUCGGAGGAGGACCUGACUCCCGCCGACGAGGACCAGGACAGACCCCGGACAGACCCCGGUCUGGAUGGCGUGACCCCGACCCCACAGAUAUUACUGACCACAGCUCCCGCUGAAGUGGAACCGUCCGACGUGGCAUCAAUCACGACCCCUCCAGGUGCCACAGGCCAGCCGGCCACGCAGCCAAUAGCGACCCCUCAAGAAGACAAAGAUGUGAACGUUCUCCCGGACGAGGAGGAGGACGCGGGUGCAGAGGACGAGGAGGAGUUGGACAGUGAAAUUGAAUUGCUUGAACCGGAGGGAGAGUUGGAACCCGUUGAAGAAGUGCUCGAGGUGCUGCAGCCAACAUCUGAAGACAUUACAGUUUAUGAAACGGAGGAUGGGAAGUCAGAGGGGACGGAACCUGAGCUGGAAAUAGUCUCAGAGCCAGAACAAGAAGCACCUGAUGCUUCAGAGCCAGAGGAGGACAUAGCUGAGGAGAAAGACAUAGCUGAGGAGGAGAAGGACAUAGCUGAGGAUAAAGACAUAGCUGAGGAGGAGAAGGACAUAGCUGAGGAGGAGGACAUAGCUGAGGAGGAAGACACCAUUAAUGUUUCAGAGACAGAGGAAGAAGUAGCUGAAGAUCUGGAGGAGAAGAAGCUCAAUGAGCAUUCUGAACAAGAGGCAGAAACACACGAUAGCUCAGUUGAGAUUCUGCAUAAUGACGGAGUGGACAUUCUGCAAAAAGAAAAGGAAAGUGUUGGAGGUGAGGUCCACAAGGAAUCAGAGGAGAAUAUAUUUGAUGUUAUGCAUCCAGGUCCAGAACCCAAGAGAGAUGAGGUUUCAGAAAAAGCUAUUGAAAAAGAGUCAGGGGUCGGUGGGCACGUAGAUGAGGUCACAGAGGCGGUUGAAUCUGAAGCAUCAUGGGAAAAUGAACCUGAAGUUCCUGAGGUACUAGUACCUAAAAUUUCUGAGGAAGUAGUACCUAAAGCUCCUGAGGAACCAGUACCUAAAGUUCCUGAGGAAGCAGCACCUGACGUUCCUGAUGAAGUAGUACCUGAAGUUCCUGAGGAACUAGUACCUAAAGUUCCUGAGGAAGCAGCACCUGACGUUACUGAUGAAGUAGUACCUGAAGUUCCUGAGGAACUAGUACCUAAAGUUCCUGAGGAAGCAGCACCUGACGUUCCUGAUGAAGUAGUACCUGAAGUUCCUGAGGAACUGGUACCUAAAGUUCCUGAGGAAGCAGCACCUGACGUUACUGAUGAAGUAGUACCUGAAGUUCCUGAGGAACAAGUACCUGAGGUUCCUGAGGAAGUAGUACCUGAAGCUCCUGAGGAACUAGUACCUAAAGUUCCUGACGAAGCAGCACCCGAUGUUCCUGAGGAAGUAGUACCUGAAGUUCCUGCGGAAGCAGCACCUGACGUUCCUGAGGAAGCAGCACCUGACAUUCCUGAUGAAGUAGUACCUGAAGUUCCUGAGGAAGCAGCAUCUGAAGUUCUUGAGGAAGUAGUACCUGAAGUUCCUGAGGAAGCAGCAUCUGAAGUUCCUGAGGAAGUAGUACCUGAAGUACCUGAGGAAGCAGCACCUGACGUUCCUGAGGAAGUAGUACCCGAAGUUCCUGAGGAACUAGUACCUGAAGUUCCUGAGGAAGCAGCAUCUGAAGUUCCUGAGGAAGUAGGACCUGAAGUUCCUGAGGAACUAGUACCUAAAGUCCCUGAGGAAGUAGUACCUGAAGUUCCUGAGGAAGUAGUACCUGAAGUUCCCGAGGAAGCAGCACCUGACGUUCCUGAGGAAGUAGUACCCAAAGUUCCUGAGGAAGCAGCAUCUGAAGUUCCUGAGGAAGUAGGACCUGAAGUUCCUGAGGAAGUAGUACCUGAAGCGCCUGAGGAACUAGUACCUAAAGUUCCUGAGGAAGUAGUACCUGAAGUUCCUGAGGAACUAGUACUUGAAGUUCCUGAGGAAGUAGUACCUAAAGUUCCUGAGGAAGCAGCACCUGACGUUCCUGAGGAAGUAGGACCUGAAGUUCUUGAGGAAGUAGUACCUGAAGCGCGAGAGGAACUAGUACCGGAAGUUCGUGAGGAAGUAGUACCUGAAGCUCCUGAGAAACUAGUACCUAAAGUCCCUGAGGAAGCAACCUCUGAAGUUCCUGAGGAGGUAGUACCUGAAGUUCCUGAGGAACUGGUACCUGAAGCACCUGAGGAACCAGUACCUAAAGUUCCUGCGGAACUAGUACCUGAAGUUCCUGAGGAAGUAGUACCUGAAGCUCCUGAGGAACUAGUACCUAAAGUUCCUGAAGAAAUAGUACCUGAUGUUCCUGAGGAACAAGUACCUGAAGUUCCUGAGGAACUGGUACCUAAAGAUCCUGAAGAAACAGUACCUGAUGUUCCUGAGGAACUAGUACCUGGAGUUCCUGAAGAACUAGUACCUGAAGUUUCCGAAUUGGAAAAUGUGGUAGUUAAUGUUGUGAAACCGGUAAAAGAAGAAGAGGUGGAGGAGAUUUUAAAAUCAGAUGAGGAAGUUUUGGAGUUUCCAGAAGUAGAUGAGGAAGUUAUCAAAAGUCCAGUUGGCAAAUUGGGACCGAAAUCACCACCAGAAGAGGAAGAAGAUUUAAAUGAAGUCACAAAAGCCGGAGAUGAGGUGGUCCAGACUGCAGAAUCAAAGGAGCCAGAAGAUGUUUCAGAACCAAGUGAAGAAGUCUUAGAGGACGUAGAGAUACUUUCAGAAGAAGAAGCGGAUGUACCUCAACCAGAAAAGGAUGUCAUUUCAUCUGUAAAAGAAAAAGAAGUCGUCCCAGUGACAGAGAAGGAGGCGUCAGAUGUCUCUGAGAAUGAACAAGAGGAGAUGGUUGAGAGUCCAAAGGAAGCCACAGAACUAGGAGAGGGUCAUGUAGCACCCCCUGCAGAAGAGUUACCCGAACCUUCAGAGCCCGAAGAGGAAGCAGGAGUUGAUUUCCCAGAACAGAAUCCAGAGGAGGUAGACAAGCUUUUGGAACCAGCAGAUGAAGAUGUGUCGGAGCCACCAGGCGGAUCCAUUAAAACCCUCGACCCAUUGGACCAGGAGGAUAACCUCGUACCCAUAGACCUCCAGCCCUCUGAAGACGGUGAACCUGAGCAUCCUGUCGUAGAAGACUCCUCUAUGGAGGAGGAGGAGGUAGCCGUCCCACCGACGGAGGCAGCAGAGACCGAUCCACAGUUCGAUGUUGUAGCAGACGACCUCAACUCAUCAAAAUCGUCCCCAGAAAGAGACGCCGCGGCUCCGGACUCCUUCCCCACCCCCCCGGCAGCCGAGGUGCCCCCCGACCCAACGAUAGACUCUGGACUCUUUGAGGUAGAGGAGCAGCCGGUCGUCCCCUUGGCUCCUGGGUCUCCAGAGGACGACGGUGCUGCGGCGGUGGUCGUCAUCGACGAAGACUUGGGAGAGGCGGGGCCAAAGGCGGGCGGUGGCCAAACCGUCCCGCCGGUAGCCGCCAAGGACGCCGUCGACGAGGCGGUGCUGGACCUGACGGUGGAGUUGGAUCAAACCAACCCGGCGACGCCGGACGAGGGGAGCGGCUUCCCUACCGCUGCAGAGGAGCGCGGCGUCACGGCCCCGCCUCCGCUGAGGUACCUGACCACGCCGUCCAUGACCACGGCCAGCCACGGCCGCGAGCUGGUGGUGUUCUUCAGCCUGAGGGUCACCAACAUGGACUUCUCCGAGGACCUCUUUAACAAGACGUCUUUGGAGUACCGAUCACUGGAGGGCACCUUCUUAGAUGUGCUGCUGCCGUACCUGCAGGCCAACCUGACAGGCUUCAGGGACCUGGAGAUCCUGAACUUCAGGAAAGGCAGCGUGGUGGUCAACAGCAAAGUGAAGUUCAACAAGUCGGUGCCGUACAACCUCACCGAGGCCGUCCAGGCGGUGCUGGAGGAGUUCUGCUCCGCCGCCGCCAGGGAACGCCACAUCCAGAUCGACACCCGCUCCCUGGACGUGGAGCCAGCUGACCAGGCGGGGGCCUGCCGGUUCCUGGCGUGCGGCGCCUCCUCGCGCUGCGUGGUGAGCGGGCUCACGGGGGAGGCGCGCUGCGUGUGCCAGCCGGGCUUCCUGUCGGUGGACGGCCUGCCCUGCCGCAGCCUCUGCCUCCUGAGGCCCAACCACUGCCGGGGGGGGCGAUGCCAGGUGAUCCCAGGCCGCGGGGCGGUGUGCAGAUCCAAACACGCCGCCCCCCCGAGGGCCCCACCAGCUCAGGAAACACAUCGGACUGCACCUCACCUGAGAAUACUCCAAAAGACUCGAUGAAACUCGUCUCCUCGGUGAGAAUCGGCUGAAGAGCUUUGGGGACAUUUUAAUCCCUCAGACGCCCCCUCCCUCCUCCUCAGGACGCUCUGUCAGUCAUUGUCAUGGCGACGGGGAGGAGCCUCAGCGGUUGUGUAGUGACAGAUGACAUGAUGACAUCAUGGAAGGAGGAACUUAUCCUCUUGUAUUCUUCAUGUAAAUAGACUAAGCAGACUUACAAAUGUUUAUUGCAUCUUUUGGUGUGUGUGUGUGUGGGGGGGGGGGGGUUACUAUUUAAAGUGUUUAAGUAUCCUU